UUGUUGCGAACAAAGAAAUUUUGUGAUAAUUAUCCUUUUUUAAAUCCUAUCCCAGCUAUACCCCUAUCCCAGCUAUACCCCUAUCCCAGCUAUACCCCUAUCCCAGCCAUACCCCUAUCCCAGCCAUACCCCUAUCCCAGCUAUACCCCUAUCCCAGCCAUACCCCUAUCCCAGCCAUACCCCUAUCCCACCUACACCCCUAUCCCAGCCAUACCCCUAUCCCAGCCAUACCCCUAUCCCAGCCAUACCCCUAUCCCAGCCAUACCCCUAUCCCAGCCAUACCCCUAUCCCAGCCAUACCCCUAUCCCACCUACACCCCUACCCUAUCCUACAUCUUACCCUACCCUUUUGACCUCAAAACCUAUUUACCUCUCUACCCUUAUCUCACCACAUGUCACUCUGCUCUCCUAAAUCCCAUUCCAAUAUAUAAUGACACGAUAAUAUUUGAAAUUCAUAUUAUAAUAUUUUGAGCUUCUAUUUUAAUUUUUUUUUCAAAUAAUAAAGGAAAUUUUUUAUGAUUGUUACGUACGAAGAAAUUUUGUGACAUUAUAAUUCCUUCACUUCCCGUAUCUCCACAUUUACCUCAAAUCCUACCCCCACAUAUACCCCUAUCCUUCCUCCUACUCUAUCCUACCCUAUCGACCUCCAAACCUAUCACACCGCACGUCACUCUACUCCAAUCUCACCACACAUCGCUCUACUCUAACUAAAUCCUAUU